AUGGCCACUCUCACCAUUGAUCCGAAUUACGGCUAUGUCCUUCUGGCCGCUGCCUCAACUUUCCUCCUCAACUCCGUUCACGCUGCAAAUACAGGCAAAUACCGCAAAGCCGCGAAAGUUGACUAUCCUAGUGCAUAUGCCCCAGACUCUCGAACAGACACGGCAGCACAUCAAUUCAACUGCGCCCAAAGAGCUCAUGGGAACUUCAUCGAGAACCAACCUACAGCACUAGGAUCUUUGCUCUUGGCAGGCAUCAGAUUCCCCGUAACAAGUGCGCUUCUGGGUAUUGCAUGGACGAUCUCGAGAUAUGUAUAUUCUCAAGGUGGUGCAGGAGGCAAGGGUAGAUAUAAAGGAAUAUCGUUCUUCCUGUUUCAAGCAGGCUUAACGGGGCUGGCGAUUUACAACGGUGUCGCAAUGGUCAUGCAAUGGUGA